CUUUGUUUUUCUAUUUUGUAUUUUGUUACACCGCCAGUGAGUUAAAAAAUCUCUGGAAACAUGGAUUUGGAGGAUCAAUUUAAACCAUUAUGCCGCAUAUGCAUGCAUCCGUUUCCAAUAAUAAACUGGGAUGAAGAGUUGUACGAUCUUAGCGGAACUUCGUAUAAGAACUGCUUCUACAAAUACACAAAUCUAGAGAAAAUAGAUAUGGACCCUUUCCCACAACUUUUAUGUGGAGUGUGUGCUGCAGAUCUGCAAAGUUUUCAUUUUAUGAUUGAGAAGGCCAUUGAGAGUCACAAAAUGUUUGAAAAGCAGUGGGAAUUUUAUGUUGACAACAAUUUGGAACACAACUACCAAACUGAAGUGUAUCUAGAAAAUGACCCAAAUUCAACGUUGAUAGAACAUCCUGAUGACCAGGUGGUGGAAAAUGUGGAAAUUAGCGAAAACAUUAAGGCAACACCUCCACCACAAACUCAAACAAUUUUUGUUGUUAAAAAAGAGCCUCAGAAAAGUGUAGUAAAAAUUCAAUCGCAACCCGAAAAAUAUAGCAUUAAUGGCUUAUUAGAAAUGGAGAUAGAUAUAGACGAUAAAGAGUUUGAACAUUUGGCAGAAACUGUACUGAACCGCGAACAAUUACUGUCACUCGAAGAAGCUCUUAUUAAAGAAACUAAAUUCAUCGAAAUGGAAUUUCAAUUCGAUGGUAGAAGGAAGAAAAAUCAAAAUAAUUUUGAAAAUAGUAAAACUCUUGAACUGGAAGAACUUGAAAAUGAUGCUGAUGAUACCGCGUCACUACAUUCACAUAGAUUUGGAACAAAAUCCGAUGAUGAAAAUACUCAUCACCUCGAAUCAGUUGGUGAUGCCACAAAUGACAAACAGGAGAAAAGACCAAGGAAGAAAAGAAAAUAUCCUCCACCAGCCAUGUGUUCUUAUUGUUCAAAAUUAAUUUAUAAACCGUCUCAUAUAAAACAUCAUGAAGCUAUACACCAUGCAGACCGAGCCAGAGACAAAGUUUGCAAUGUUUGUGGCUUUAAAACGUUCACGUUACACAGCCUAAAGAACCACAUGAGGACACACGACCGCAAUCGAGAAAAGACAUUCAAAUGCGAAUUUUGUGAUAAGGCGUUUUUCAAUCGUGGCGCCUGCAAUGUUCAUAGAAGACUUCAUCUGGGCUUAAUGAUAAAAUGUACUCUAUGUCCAAAGGAAUAUUCCCGGCAAAUAGAUUUGGAUAAGCAUAUGGUAUCCCAUUCACACACAGCUCUGCAUUCAGGCGAAUCUAAGUUUAAGAAGAAAAAAGUGCAGUGUAAAAUAUGCAAUAAAAUAAUGAAUAGUAACUGCUUUGCCGCACACCGAGCUGCCCAUUUGAAUGAGCCCAUGAUGAAAUGUAUUCUAUGCCAAAAGGACUACUUUAAUCGAACUAGCUGCAUGAAACACAUGCGAACUAUUCACAAAAGGACCGAUAAAUGUGAAGACAUAAUAUACUAUUAUGUAAAGUAUAAACCACGUCUGACAAGUCUGUUGCGGGAGCAACAGGAAUUGGCAACUCCUGUAGCUGUGUCAGAAAGUAAUUACUAAUAAUUACUGCCAAAUAGCGGAUUUCUCUCUGGGAUUUUCUUUAGGUACAUAUUAAGGAACACAUUUCAUUAAAUUUACAUCCGAAUCA